AUAUUUGGUGAUUACAGGAAUCGGUGCUGAAGCGAACAACAAAAACAGCCAGCAUCAGAAUAAGUAAAAAGAAGUAUUUUCAAAACAAAUUGCCUGACCACUUCAAAACAAAAAAGCCAGAUUAUGCUAGCGGUGCUAAAUUAAGAUAAAAGCCAAAAGUUACGCUCGGUUUGCCAAAUUAUGCCAAAAAUUAGAGUAGUUCUGAGUGACAAAUAGAAAGAGUCACAUGGUAGUCACGUGUUCCGAGCUUGAGACCACUUACCGCUGAUGCAUAGAUCCAGAGUGUUUCAUAUUUCUGUAAUGAACAAUCGAUGCUUCGCUUUUUCUGGUUUGCCUUCUUUUUUAUUGCUGUCGUUUUGGAGACAGCAAAUGGUUCCAAGCCUCCUAACAUAGUACUGACUGUAAUUGAUGAUCUGGGUUGGAGUGAUGUGGGAUUUCAAGGAUCUGUUAUUCAUACUCCAAACAUCAACAGACUGGCAGCUGAGGGCGUCAUAUUGGACAACUACUAUGUACAACCUCUAUGUACGCCAACCCGAAGUACCCUGAUGACUGGAAGGUACCCCAUACAUACAGGUGACAAGACAAGAGCUUAAUUUAUUUGGGGUCUUAUACCAGCUUGUACAUCGACUUCUUUUAAACAUGAUAAUUUAAAAUUACAAUCUUCUACGUUAAGCUAUUUAUUACACUAUACCAAACAAGUUAUUACAACUAGCGAUAGUUACAUACGCACAGGCGGACACAUAGUUUGAGCUACAUUUUGUCUUCCUUUUCGUUUCUUCUUUAAAGUAUUCAAACACAUGCUUCGCUAUCAAGUUUUGGCUUUCAGGCUUCUCGUUGGGGGAUUUAUUAAAAACAUGAAUAUUUCAUUUGGCAAAAUUUUUUCACUCAUAACAUAUUCAUUUCAAUCAUUUUUUUUUUUCAGUUCCCCUGUGUAGCGAGAUUAAAAUUUCCAUAUGGGCUCAAAAUUAUUCUUGUCUUAAGGUGAUCCUGAAUUGAACGAUAGAUUCACCGUAGACGUUAUUAGUUAUUCAUAACCGCCGGAGCAGCAAAUUCAAAUGCAGGAGCGCCUUGAAAAAGCUCCGAAUGAGAGAAGAAAAGGUAUCAUUUGGCCCACCAGCGUCGAUAAAACUCAUUCGUGCGACUUUGUUAGCCUCAAAAUUACAAAUACAUGAACGGAAUAUUGAAAAUGAAUGAUAUAUCUACGAUUUACAGUCAAGCCAGGUCAAGCGUACCCCGCAAGAUGCCAUUAAUGAAUUUAUUACUCGAAAGUUGAAUACGUUGGUGGUUGUAGAUUUCAGAUUCAUCUCUGCAUUCUCGCAUGCGUAAUAAGCCGUGAAUUCACACGCGAGGCAAUUACGACAUUUCUACCGGCUCAGUUUCCCUAAAUUUGAUGUGAUUGUCUUCUAAGAAACAGUCUGAAGAAAUUUAAUCCAUUCAAAAAUUUUUCUCUCACUGGAUACAGAGAAGUUGUCGUAAAAUAUUCACUGCUAUUACGUAUGAGGGAAAGCCCAUUUGAAUUUGACACUAGUUACCGGAACGACUAAUGGAUUCAUUUUUCAAAUAAUCAAUUCAUUAAUAGAAACUUGGGGGUACGCUUGACCUGCUUCGACUGUAAGUAAAAACGAUAUGCGUUUCACGAAGUGGAAGGACUAUCUAUCUCUCUCUGAACUUGAAAAUUGCUAAAAAAAAAAAAAAACAAAAACAACGGACAUUUUCUGUACAUAGUGGAAGCUGACUUUGGGCUCGAUUUUCUGGAAACCAGUGACAAGAUCCUCAAAUCCACGAACGGAAUGUAUCAGACUGGUCUUUUCUUAAGCAAAAUACGUUUAAGCUUUUAAAAUUUAUUCCAAGCGAAACCGAGGCGCCUCGCUUGCCUAGGGUCAGCACUCGUUAACAUCCGUCGAAAGGCCCUCUUAUCUUCGGUCGGAUUUCGUAAACGUAUGACGUCACCCUCGCCUCGUGGUUCCGGCUGUGACUCAUGUAAGCUUCGUUUGUCUGAUGAUCUGAUGUUUGUUUCGACGUCUUGUCUUGCUUUUUCGAUCAUUCCUCGAUUGAUUCAACCAAGAGGAUGCCGCUGCAUCUGUUUGGAAAGGAUAUUUUAAUGUUUCACCUCGAUCAAGCCUCUUAGCGCAUCAAAAAGAUCCUUUCAGCGCAUGUUACUGAGUAACAUCCCUUGAAUGGCCCCGGAUCGAAUUGCAUUCACGAAGAAUUACACGAACAAGCAAAUAAAACUCAAAUGAACCGCUGCCUCACUUAACAACUUUUACAAAUAUUGGCGGGAAUGUAAAAAAAUAGAGAAUCAUGUGUGUAAUGUCUGUCUCUGUCGAAUAAUAAUGAAUUUGUACCCAGCUGUGCCCUACAUUGAUUUACAUGAUACAAAAAAAUUAGAUGAAAAUAUAGAGAGAGUACAGGCUGCCCAUAUUAACCAUUGAGGGUUAAAAAGAUAGUGCAGCCUUACUUAGGUUAUUAAUAAAUGAUUAUAUUAAAGGGUCAGGUACCGCACACCACACACAGCUACGCAUAAAAACAUUCACACACACAACAAAAAAACUAGUAGAAAAAGAAAGACAGCAAAAGAAAGCUAAGUAUACCCGAGUACUAAACAACGGAGAGCCAAAGCUUACACUAAGUUGUCUGAUAAUUCAUAUUCUGUUUCAUCUGCUGAAGAAGCACAAAGCUAAUCCAAGAUUUUGAGACUCGAAAUACCGUAAGAUUUUCCUGCUACAAGGACUACAAGGCAAGCAAAGGCUUUGGGAGGCACAGGUGAGUAGUAGCUAUAUUAUUAUACAAUGGCGGAUCCAUACCUUCAGAUAACGGGAGGUGGGGGGGAGGGGUGGCGCCCGGCCAUCCAGACCCUGAGAUAAGGAGGGGGGUGGGGGGGGCAGGUCUCCAAAAAAAUUUUUUUGGCCCUUCGGGCCUCAGUUUGGUCUCAAAAUAAGAGGGGGGUCCCUCCCCUAGAUCUGCCACUGUUGUAUACAAAGUGGGCAGUUGACAAUACAAUACAAUAAGAGUUUACAAUACAAUAAGAGUUUAUUGUGAAAAUACACUUAGCUACAAUAAUGGUGUGCUUUCAGAUACGGAACCGAAAUCGGGGUCAGUGAAAGCACGCCAGCUAAUUGACAGGUAUUCCACAAACACAAUAAAAUUAAGAGUUAAAAAACUAGAUACGGAAUAUUCUAUAAUUAAAAUUAUAACAAUAAAAUCUUAAUAAGUAUAUCUUAUAUCUAAAUAAAUACUAAAUUCAAUAAAAAAGCGUCGAAAUUAUAAAAUUGCACUAGGUCAACUUGGCUAAUGGAUCUCUUAAAAGACUUAAAAUUCGUUGUAUUUCUAAACGUGUUCGGAAUUGAAUUCCAGAGUUUCGGACCAAUAUAACGGACUGAGUUCAAGCCAUAUGUAGUAGACUUUGGCUUGGGUAGCGAGAGGAUAUAGUCACCUCUUAAAUUGUAGCUAACGUUCUUCCUAUGAACUAUCAGGUCUUGUAUACUUUUGGGCGCUAAAGAAUUGUGGACGGCAUUAAAAAUAGACAGUGUGAUUUUAAUUAAUCUUUGUUGUUUUAAAGAUGAGAGACCUAAUGCGUUGAGAAGUUCCGAGUAGCUUGUGUACUUAUCCCUGAAAACAAACCUGAUCGCGCGCUCAUUUAACCUUUCCAAUUUGUCUGCAGCACUUUUACUACAAAAAUUCCAGGUUUCACUGCAAUAAUUGAAGUGAGGAAGGGUAAAUGCUAAAUAUAGGUCGCGCCUUGUUUCGAAGGGAAGCAUUUUCUUCAUUCUUUUAAGAACAGCUAUUUGCUGUGAAAGCUUUCCCACAUAUUUUAGCAACAUGAUUGUCGAACUUCAGUUUGUUAUCUAUCGUUAUGCCAAGGAUCUCAAAUUCUUUAGUCACUGGGAUACUGGAAUUUUCACACUUGAAAUCAAGUUUGGCGUCAGAUUUUCCCAUCACAAUAGCUUGAUAUUUAGAAUUGUUCCUUUUCAAACCGUUCUCGUCAUACCAUUUAUCAACAAGCUCGAGAUCAGAGUUUAUAGCACUCUCAACUUCUCUAUAGUCAUUAUGAGCAAAGAAAAUUUGCGUGUCGUCUGCGUAGCUAGAGAGUUUACAUCUUUUCACGAUGAACAGGAGAUCGUUGAUGAAAAUAUUAAAUAUCAAAGGCCCGAGGACUGAUCCUUGGGCAAUCCCUCUGGAAAUAUAAUUCCAGCUCGAAUAUUCUCCAGCUACUUUCACUCGUUGUUGGCGAUCGGAGAAAUAAUCCUCAAUGAUAUUAGCAGUUCUCUUGUCAGCACCAUAUUCUUUGAACUUCUUCACAAUGAGAUCGUGUGGCAGAGAGUCGAAGGCUUUCGACAAGUCCAUAGACACAAGGCCAAUUAUUUUCCGAUCGUUCAGCUCCCUUCGCCAUUCCUCCAAAAGACUGAGCAGGGCCGUAUCACAGCCGUGAUGCUUUCUAUAAGCGAACACGAACUUGUGGAGAAUAUUCCUGAACCGGGGGCUGACUCUUGAAUGAACGAGCGUUUCAAAGACUUUUGACAAAGAUGGAAGAAUGGUGAGAGGUGUGUAAUUAUCCUUGGACAGGCUGCAGUCUUUCUUAUACACUGGAGUUAUUUCGCCCUUUUUCCACUGUUUAGGGAUUUUUCCAGCGUCCAGAAUAUAAUUAAAGAGAGUGCAGUACGGCUCACACAACACUUCAGCAGAAUCUUUCACUUCCCUCGCGGGAAUAAGAUCAUGGCCAAUGGCUUUAUUUGUUUUCAUGUUACACAUGAUUUCCUUAAUUUCUAUGGGGUUAGUAUAAUUUAGGGUGAUCUGGCCGCUGGCGGAGUCGUGUGGAAAAUGUGUGAAAUCCUUCAUGCGUUCAGUUGUUUUAUCAGUGCCGACAAUGUUUGAAAAGGAAUCGUUCAAAGUUUCUGCAACUUCACGUGGCUCCCGCAUUAUCUGAUCGUUCUCCUUAAGAACAAUACGGCUAUUGUUCUUUUUCUACGUGAAUAAAUGGUCCUACUCCUGUUUCCCAAAAAAUGUCAUUUGUUUAGUUUGUUGGUACAAGCAAACCUCUUUGAGAUCUUAACAGCGUCCAAAGAAUCCGCAAUCAACAGUUGGCCAGGUAUGCAUAAGUAGGCAGUUGUUUAAACAAAGGCUAAAACAAUCCUGCUUCAUUGUGCUUCUUGAGUCGUCGGAGGGUAGAAAACGUGCACCCUGGAUGCUACAACUGGUGUUCAAUAAAAUCUUAACAUUUCCACUUGACCCAUUUUGGGUUGAGAAACAUGGCUGUGGUGGUGGUAGGAAAGGGAGGUGGGGGCAAGAACCCCCCCGCAAAGAGCUAUGACUGUGGCUGAGUUUGUCUACAUGAUAAGCAUAUUUUGCAUAAUAUUGCCAAAAUUUGUAAUAGUAAUGAGUAUAAUAUUGUAAUAAAUUGAUACAAUAAUGUAAUAGUAAUGAUUAUGAUAAUCAUUAUAAUUUACAUUGUUAGACAAAGAAAUAUUUUUAAACUUUCAGUAUUCUGAACAUCACUCAUGUUCUUAAACUACCGUUGUAAAUGGUAACAUUAACAUGUAUGACAUUUAGUUUGCACAGAACUUGAGCGGGGGAAAAAAAUCCCAAUUUCCGACUGUACAGAACCUCUGUUAACCGACACCUCCUAUAAGCUUACAUGCACCUCUUACUAACAGACACUAAUCUGGGUUCACAGCAAUUAAUUUCUAUGUUAAAAAUCUGCAUUAAUCCAAACUAUUGUAAGUAAAGACACCUUUUCUUGGUAACAAACAUCCUAACAGAUCGGUCAAAUCAGACCUAAAAUUCUUUGCAGAAUAGUUGCCCACAUGAUAGAUCAUAGCUAGCAAAUACUCCUCUCUCUAUGGGGCACUUGGGUUGAACAGAUGCCUUUCACAAGCAGCAUAAUUCCAGAGUAAUUUGGUCAACACUUUGAUACUGAAUAAGAAAACAAAUUAACAUAUAGAGGGAGAAAGGAGGAUCAAGAGUGCACCAAAAAUCAAUCCUCCAGUCAAAUCACACAGUCAAUAAAUUAAUGCACAGGAAAACUGAAGGGAAUUUUAAUGAUGAUCAAACAAGGAAAAACAAUCUUACUGUUCAAUAAUAUUACUUUUCCAUGUUUGUUUUUGCUUAUGAAAUUCAAUAGCAUCUGCCCUACUUGAUCGAAUGACAGAGCAUUUUCUUUUUUUCUAGAAUGACAUGCCUUUACUGCAAAAGAAGUUGAAGGAACAAUUGCAGCAGAAGAGGCUUUAAGGUGCACUUAUAAAUUAAUAUUCAAGCAAGACCUCAAAGAAAACAGGGAGUGGGGAUUAUUUACAGAGAGGGAAGGGUUAAUGCAGAUGGGAAGAUACCAUUUCCAAAUUCUUUGGACCCUCCCCUUUCAGUUUUUACAGGACAUUUUUGACAAAACAACAAGAAGCCAAGUCAAAACUCUGAGGGGUUACUUAAGUUGAAUUAAAAAUAUUGAUUCCACCAUUCAUUCAUUUUGAUUUAGUGUUAAAGAAAUCUUGCACAAACCCACUGACCUGAUAGGCAACCUUUCCCAAGAAAUAACUUGCAGAUAUCAUGUAGAUGAAGACUUCAUAGUAUCAAUGGCUUCGAACCAAAAUGCACAGUUAAUGCACAUUUUCAUUUGCAACCUUAAUUACAAAGCAUAAAAUAAGUAAACCUAAAUAAAUAAAUAAAUCUGACAGAAUUUAUGUAAUCAUGGCUUCAGUGAGUGUCUACAGGUCCUAUGCUAAGUGUGUCCUUUGUACCAAGACUUUGAUCCUCCCCACCCAGGACAAUGGGUGACUGUUUGUGCCUCCCACUGAGCUCUGCAAUAGUAUCAACAGCAACAACAACAAAUCUUUAUUAAUAAACAAAUAAACUUACAGACGUAUUGCCCGUAGCUAGCAAGGCUAUUCGAGGCGGGACAAUGCGUGCAAAAUAUAAAACUAGAGGCUAAGGCUAUCAACAUUAUCAUUCUCAGCAGAGGCCUGAUUCAGCUCAGUGGCUGGGGCAAAUUAAGAACAAGGUACUUGCCAGUCAAAGUCUCUAGUGAACACUGCUGCUUACUGAAGGGGUUGUGUCAAAAUAGCCCCCUCCCUACCCCACGAAUUUUGGCCCCCAGGCCUGAUCCACCCACCCACUGUUAGGGCGAAAUCAGACAGAAAUAUUAUUAAAUAAUAUUAUUAUUUACAGCCUCAUAUUCUGCGCAUUCUCUUGAUCUUAUAAUGGUAAAUGACAAAAUAAAUGAAUAACAUAACAUAAUAACAAUAUUGAUCCUUCUCCUCCAGUGUGAAAUAUAAGUAUGGCGAUGUUUACACUGUACAUGUAUUCAAUAAGGAAAGUGAUAAUGUAUAAUUGUCACCUGGAUACACAGCCUGGUGAUCUGGGGCCAUUCAAAGGAUGUUAUUCAGUAACAUCCACUGAAAGGUCCUUUUCCCCGCGGAGUAAGAAGAGGCUUGAAACGUCAAAACAUCCUUUAAACGGAGGCAGUGGCAUCUUCUUAUUUGAAUUGAUUGGAAUCAAUCGAGGAAUGAUCGAAAAAGUGACAAACCCUCUCACCAAAAAUCAAACAGGUCGGAUAUAGACUAUCGAAGUGCAGAUAAAUCACAUAUUUAACUUGAACGUGACGUCAUACGUUUACGAAAUCCGACCGAAGAUAAGAGGGCCUUUCGACGGAUGUUAGGGUAAAGGUUAUGGUUGACACUAACCCUAACCCUAACCCCAAGUUUUACUGACACCCCUUCGACAACCAAGUUUUCACUUGAACAUAAACCAUGGAGUCGGAAGCGGAAUCAGAACGCUGUUUUCACUAUAUCGUUAAGUCUUACUCCUCUGAUUACGACUCCAACUUCGUUGCUAGUGAAAACCAGCCUUUAGUCGUUCAAUAGGGCCAUUUAUACGAGGAAAAAUAAGACGCGUCUUAAAUAAGACGCCAACUGUACCAUUUAUACCAGCAUGUCUUGUCUAAUGAGACGCGUCUUAGCUAAGCCGCGUCUUAUUUUAGACGAAAUGUGCCAUUUAUAUGGAAAGUUCGCGUCUUAUUUAAGACGUGUUUUAUUUUUCCUCGUAUAAAUGGCCCUAAUGUUCGCGUCAUUGUUAAGUCUUUUUUUUUUUUGUCGUUUUGCUCGUCCUAGUUUUUCGUCUAAUCUCGCUAUCGUCUUGUAAGUAUCUUGCUUGUAUUUCGCCUUUUUUUAGUUUGCCGUAUUGCUUUCGCUCAGUUUUGUAGUUAUUUUAUCUUGACUUCGUAUUUGUUUAAUGGUUGUUUUUCAUUAACGCUUCGCUUCAUUUCACUUCGCUUCGAUUACAUCGUUUCGCUUUGGUUCGCCUUGUUCAUAUUGAUUGUAGGAAGUCUAGAAAUAAGUUUUGUGAGUGGAAUGAAUUACAACGCGUAAAGGCUGCGACUUUACUAGAACGUACGUGCUGUGGAAAGUCCUUUCGUCACACUCAAUACAAAUGCCCGAAAAUAGUCGGCAUCAGUGGAAAAAUUAGCAUAACGUCAAAACAGUGAAUGUUGUAACGCGGAUUUUUGGCCGGUUCGCAGGCUAGGUUCUUCUUACAAAUUUCAAGGUGUUGCAGUGAAUCAAUCUUAAUGGCGAAAUUUUCAGACAUCGUGAAGAUUAUGUGACGACGGUUUAAAACAAUUUCUGUCGAGCCGAUAUACAGCCGAGCCAAAAUUUCCUAGCAUUAACAUAUAAUAUUAAGCUGCAUUCUGAUGCUAGAGUAAUUUGAGUAAUUUGAGUUCUGUAGAACUUUGUAUUUAACAUUUCAUUGCGGCUAUUGAAAAUAUAAGGUUAGAAAUUUAUUUACGUUUUACUUGAAACAUACAUAUUUUUUUACUCAGGGAGGUUAUUUACUAAACACCACACUUCAAGUUCCUAGUGUCGGCUUUUCAGUACCAGGUCUAGAUCCCGGGGGUCCGGGCUCUAGAGCGCGCAAAAUUCCGCUUUUCAAAGCUUUUUGUUUAUUGUUAUCAUAGUGAUAUCGAUUUUACUAAAAAUGGUGUUUUGACAAACUACAAUCCACAAUACACUGGUUUUAUAGCGAUGCGGACAAGUAUAAAAUCAUUUUUUAAGGCGAUUGGAAAAAAAACAGUAUGGUCUCCAAAACACUGUAUCGAAACACCUUAAAUAUCAUUUUAAAAUAUUCUGUCAUCCUCACUAUUUCUUCAUCUUUCAGGGUUGCAGCACUCUGUGAUUAUGGCUCCGCAGCCUUACGGUUUGCCACUUAAUUUCAAAACUUUGCCAGAAACAUUACAAGACGCUGGUAAGAAAGAGCUUUUUUAAAUGUUCUCUACCAAUUUGAGAGCGAAGAAAACAAGCCCCAAAAUAUAGGAUUAUGUGGAACUCAAUCCAACUUUCAAAAUCAAAUAUUCUAUUGAAGAUUUAGACUCAAAUGCCAAGCGAAAGAUUUUUGCUUUACAGUUGAAAGAUUCUACUUUGCCUGUCCUGGCUAAGUUUUGUCAAUCGAGGUCACUUCAGCUUUCAAGUAUUUGUUAAUUUUCGUAAAUUUCUCUCCCACGGAAGGUGUUUUAUGCUACCGAAACUGGGUGUGGGGUCUCUGUGACUCCUUGACGUCUUGACUUUAUCUCUUAUUUUGGCUUAGUUCGAUAGUGCCCUGUUUAUUGGAUCGCAGCCUGUGUGACAACCAUUUCUGUGCGUGCGAGCCAGUUUGGGCGAGUGACCCGAGUGAGAUAAUCGGGGGUGUGAUAUUCCCGUUCUGGCCCCACUCUCUCUGUCACACAACGCAGGCGUUGCGUGACAGAGAAAGAGAGAGAGAGAGGACAGACCUGGACUAGGAGUGUGAGUGAAAGGGGAAAGGAAAAGAAACCUUCUUUCCUAGCCCCUUCAUGUUUUGGCGCUCACUUCGACUUCCAAGGCGCAACCUAUCUAACGAUACCCUGGGAGCAGGGGCCCUUCAUUCUUCCUAGAUAAACCCGGAAGAGUCCCUUCCUCUUCCCGACUUAUCUAAGAAGAUGGAAGGGCCUCUGCUCGCAGGGUGACCUAACGAAUAAUGUAACAACAAAAUUAAGAUGAAUGAGGGCAGGAGUCCAUAACCUGGAGCUUGCAACUCCCAUACUUGGCUUAUAGUGCAAAGGCGUUUUCACAAAUCACUUUAUUUUUAGCAUCAUUUUGCAGUAUUUUUUCCCACGAAAAUGGAAGCACUGCCCCGUUUGUGUGCGCAACCAUAGUACGAUAAUAAUGAUAAUAACAAUAUCAACACGUAAAUGCUGUCAAACAUCAGAAAAAACUAUCUCCUAGUCUCCGGUUUUUCCUGAAGGAUUUGUAAGACUUAUUUGAUAGUCAAAAGUCGCGGGAAAAUCGAUCUAAAAAUGAACUGUUCCGUACGUAAGAAGGCGGACCGUUGCACGGGCACAAGGGAAUUACUUGCUCCGGGUUAUGGGCACCUGAUGAAGGAUAGAGAUUAGUCGUCACAAGUCACCACAGGACAGCCACUCUGUUUGGGUAGCACAAGGACAACUUCGUAAAAGCGCAUGCUCAUUAGUGUUGUAUUCUCAUAGGUUACGCCACUCAUAUGGUUGGUAAAUGGCAUCUUGGUUUCUUUGAGUGGUCAUACACUCCGACCUACCGCGGUUUCGAGUCUUUUUAUGGGUUCUACACGGACUGUGAGGAUCACUUCGAGCAUGAACGCCUCGGGAUUCUGGAUUUACGAGACGAUACACUCCCUGUGCGGGACAAGGAUGGGACGUACUCAGCCAACCUCUUCACCAAGGUAGGAAAGAAAAAACGAAACAAUGAAGAAACUAAAUCGAAUUAAAAAAGAACAAGCAAUAAACCAAACUUCAGGGUGGAGAACAAGUCAUUUCGAUUUUGAACAAAACCAAUUUGAUGUGAAGUAUAAAACCAAUUUGUUUAUGUACAGAUUAUCUGGAAACGCGGUACAGUCGGAUCUCCCGCUACUUGCAUCUCUAGGAUACGUAUACUAAACCAGUGGUUUAAGUGUUUUUCGCGCGCUCUGAUUGGCUACUCAAACUCGGGAUAUCCGGUUCUAUUCGCUGAUUCACCUCCAGCUCCUCUAGCGAACGACGCCAAACUCGCGUAAGUUACCAGCAAAAUGGCUUCCCGGUCUGCUGCCGUAACAAAGAAAUUUCACAAAUAAUUAAACAGGCUGUUCCCGAAUUACACGGAUCAGGUGACGGAAUUCCCUUUGGAAGUUUUAACAGGUAAAGCUUUGUCUGCCGCCUGGAUAGCUCAGUUGGGAGAGCGCCGGUCUGCUGAGCGGGAGGUCGCGGGUUCAAACCCUGGCAGGACAAACACCCAGAGUCUUUAAAUAACUAAUCAUCUGCAGUGCAGUGUUCCUUGCCAUGUUAACUUGCUGGCACGAACAGGGGUCUUUUUUGAAUGAGCAUGCGCGACCGCUGACUUGUCAAAGAGCACGCGACCAGUGACAGCGACCGUGCUGCAUAGUCAUAGGAACCAAAUUGUUCACUUUGAAAGCUUGCUUGAGAUUGAAAUGGUAGCAGGAACUUAGGAAAUACCUUCGUUGUACGAAAUAAGUAAAGAUCUGUUGAUUUAAGGUGGAGACUGAUGCGCUGAACGAGGUGAAAGAGCAAGUUUCUCAAGGAUGUCUGACACGAACAUGGCUGUUUGUUGUUGUUUGGCGCUCGACUCGUGUCUUGAUUCCCCUUUAAGAACCGCAAGGUUUGGCAUAGAAUGCAUUGCUGAUGCGUAGCUACUGAGCAAAAUGUUCUUUAUUUAGUGUUUGUCUAUAAAUCGGAUGUAAAACAGUUUCUCGAUGCCAUCGAGGAUUUCAAUCAAUUAUUUGUUAAUAGCUGAUUUAGCCAUAUUUCGGGAGUGAAUUAAUAACGAUCAGCGGGCGACUACCACGCCGUUUUCUGUUGGAAUAGAAAGUUUUUGCUUUGAGGUAUUUUAGCGAUACAAAGUUUGUUUAUAGGAAAAUUGUAGAACUUCUUGUUUUUGAGUGGACUAACAUUGUAACGCAUCUUUUACAGGAAUUUGCUUUUAGCCAGAACUUAAAUGUUCUAAUGAUUUUUAACUUUUGGUCGGCAUCACAUGUUUACUGUACUUCUUGGGAAACCUAACCGUUUGUUUCAUCAAAAUCGGUCACAAGAUUGGACUUUAAUUUCGGUCCUAUUGAAUGCAGUUUUGAACGGUGUCUCAUUAAUAUUCAUUUUUUUAUUGUUCGAGACAUGCAGAGUGACUACCACCAACAUCUCACCAGGUGACUAAUCUACGUCUCGUGUGCUCUUAAUUUUGUAGCGUUAAAGUGCUGGGAAAAUUGUAGAACACAUAUUAAUUCACUGCUGAACUGAACAUCGGCUUUCGAGCACUUCGAGCCCAGUCGCUGAAAUUUGCUAUUUUUUUUUUAAUAUUUCUCUUCCUUUCCGAUUUGAAAACAAAGAAAAUUGAAAGUGUUUAGUUGCAUCAACAAACGUUUCUGCACUUUGUUUAGACUUUGAUGAGGUCAGCGCGUCCUCCAGGCACUACAUAUACGCGCGCUGUUAUCCAGGUCAAGUGGGGAGAUGAAAUUUGAUAGUAGCUCGUGUGUGUUCAAGCCGGCCUACUUCGCUUUUGUUAAGACCAUGUUAGAGUUUUUUUUGCAAACUACACAUUUUGUUAAAUCACGAGCACAUUCGCCAAGACCAACGAGCAAAAUAAUCGCUAUGAUAGCUUUAAGACGCGCCAUUUUGAUGAAGGCAAACCCUGUGGUGAGCCUCCAUGCACACCGCUUGUUCAGCGGUCGCGCAUGCUCAUGCAAAAAAGACCCGUGUUGCUGGCACGUACAGUUUUCUAAAACUUUUGAUUUCCUUUUUUCCCCCAUAAAUUAACUUCUAUUUCCAGGCAAAAUUGGUCUUUAUGAGGAAAUCCCGAGUUCAUAAAAUGGCGUCAAAGCGUCCUCCUUUUCCUCUGUAGUGGUCAACAAAAACAUAAUUGCUUCGAGCGUAUGAAAGUCAACUACAGUAAAUCACUUAGCAAUAAAAUCACGCUGUUUAAACACCAUGGAGUCUUUUCUUACCUUCAAAAUCAUCAACCCUGGAAUAUUCUUGUAUUUUAAAAAGGUUCUUACUCUGAAACUUGGCAAAACACCCAGUUCACGACAGCGAUUUUGUUUUGCUUUAUAUUCACCGCCUAGCGCGGUGAAUAUAACGUCAUAGUCCGAGAUAGCGAACCAAUCAGAUUGCUUGAAUCACCAAGAUCACUGAGUGUGUAUAUGGUAAAUCAUAAUAAAAGCAAUACUAAGCCUUAAACCAAUAACAUGACAAAUAGCCUUUUAUCUUAUUAAAGGGGAUGGGUGAGUUAACCUUCGGACGUACACGCAAAUUCAUACCCCCACCGUGGUACAAGGAGGAUUUAUGGAACCCCUCCCCAGAGUUUGUGAUAUGUUGCAGUAUUUCGAGACGAUUUUGCCUUCAGUGGAAACCCUUUGAUCUUCUCUACGAGAUGAGGUAUAUUUUAUGGGUGGUGGCGCUGCUGGAGGCCUGUGACUUCGCCAACAAUGGUCGCCAUCUUGACUGCCAUCUUGAAUUUUACAAAGAAUUUGAAUUUAGGUUAAAACCGCGAUAAAUGGUAAUUUUUCGUGCUCGACAUGAAAAAUAACACUUAAAUAAGCACUGUGCAUCAUUUCUUCUACAAUUAGCUUUACUUUUAUUGUUUAAAGAAUUUGAAAAACAUGCAGUUUCACUCAAAAAUGGCUUGACCACCUGCUACUUAUGACGUCGUAUCUGGUAGCCAUAGUAACAGACCAUCACUAAACUUCAGUUUCAAAAUGCGUGCAAGGGAUAAACCAAUAGCUACUGAAAACGGCAGGUGCUGAUGUUUGCUCGUUUAGGAAAAAACUUCAAAAAACCUCAGAGGGGGGGCCCCUCCUUGUACGUUCGAGGGUUAUGAAAAAAUUCAGUAAACACAACAAAAACGAAAAACAUUUUCCAUCCAGGUAAAUACCUUACGGAAAAUAGAGGCGAAAAAGAACGUUAUGAAUCAAAAUACAACACCGAACCCUCCAACAGCUCGUAAAUAUAAUCAAUGAUAAUCAAUGAUACUCUUCGGUGCCGGCCAACUUUCUUUCUGUCUAAAGGGAAAUCGAAGUCCUACUUGAAAAAUUGUGCCGGUUUUUCUGUUAACCGUAAACUUAUGUUUGCUUAUCGGACCUGGACGAACUGUUCAGUGUAAAUCAGCCUUUACAUUUAUACAACACAAUAUGAAAUAAUAUUUGAUAGUAACGUUUACUACAACAUACUGUUUUUGUCCUCUAGGGUUAGACCUGAGACGGAGUAUGCAUUUCAUUUUCCGCUACGAAUUACUAUAUAAUUUAGUGUACACAAUUCAAACUGUGGCAAGUAAAGACAAGGCCGUUUACAUCUCUUAUAUCUUAAUUCUAAUACACAGCAAGCAGUUCAAGUUAUCAAGGAGCACAGUUCUUCAAGGCCUCUCUUCCUGUACUUGCCGUUUCAAAAUGUUCAUGAUCCGGUUCAAGCACCUCAAAAAUACAUUGACAAAUACAGCUUUAUCGAAAACAAGACGAGGAGGACAUAUGCAGCCAUGCUGGAUAUUGUCGAUGAAGCUAUUGGUAACGUGACAAGGAGCUUAGAAAAAGCAGGGUAAUAUACAUUGGUUUCCUUUAUUUUCAGCUCAGUUCGUAGAGCGCCGGUUUGCCGCACCGCGUAAGCAGUGAUUCGAACCGUAAACGGAAGCUAAAACAACCGAAGUCUUAUGAAUCUUGGCUAGUGAGGUCGUACUGGUUGUGAUGUACUUCAAUUCAGUCCAUACUGCUUUCGAGAGAGAAGGUGGCGUAGAGUUCGGCUGUGUGGUAUAAAUCAGUCCUCUCUACGGCAUAUAUUGUGGGGGUUUGCCUCGUCGGUAUUGUACUUCAAGACCCUAAAAGUGCCCCUGACAUAACUUUACUAUAUCAAAUUAUAAAAUAACUAAGAUAGUACGCGCGCUCUCAUUGACCGACAAGAGUGUUUGCAUGAGGGUAUGUAAACAUGGUUGUGGCGUCAAGAUGUUUUGCUUUUCGCGCGCUAAUCACGCAAGCACGAAUUUGAAAAAGUUUUCAAGUUCAAAACUCGACAAGUUUACUUUAUUUACCCAUUCCUUCGUCGGCUGAAACUUGGAAAAUCGUUAAAAAGAAAGUGUGUCACUUUUUUUUUGCGUAAGCUGACAUUUUAAGCGAGAAAAGCCUGUAUUUUGGAAAGCAUCCUUUUGCAAAACAAGAACUGAUUACGCGUGCAAGACUUCGUGGACAAGACUUUGCGACUGGUAAGAAUUUCUCUUUUAAUCAGUGCCAUAAAAAGAGGUUUGCGUCUUUGCUCGGAAAAUUUAUUUUAUAAAAGCAAUAGAAAACUUUUUUUCCUGUUUUUGCAUAGCCUGAUAUAAACACGAGAGGGGUUGACAGUUAUGCAAACCCUCGACUUCGUCUCGGGUUUGCAUAACUGUCUCGAAUUCUCCCAACCCCUCUCGUGUUUAUAUCAGGCUAUGCAAACACGGAAAACGUUUUUAUUGCUUAAAUGAAACACCAAUUGACUCAGACGGUCCAGUGUUUUUAUAUUCUAUUUUUGAUGACCCAGAAGUGAAACGGUUGCGAAAAUGAUGUUGAAGUAAUUGUCAGUUAUACUGGCCUUCGUCGACGGUAUACUCUACAUAUUUACAGAAGGGGUGCUACGUAAUUGAUACGCACUGUACCACUAGCGAAGGCAGAGAAUAAAUACAUGAUAUCAUUAUCAAUUAUCAUUUCACUACAGUCUUUGGGACAACACUUUGUUCAUCUUCACCACUGACAAUGGAGGGCUUUCUGAGUCAGGAGGUUAUAACUGGCCUUUGCGCGGACAGAAGGAUACUCUCUGGGAGGGAGGAGUACGAGGGGUGGCAUUUGUCCAUGGGCCAAUGCUGAAGAGAACAGGCGUGAAAAGUAAAGAAUUGCUUCACUCUACGGACUGGUAUCCCACACUGAUCAACCUCGCAGGUAAGAAGGAGGGAGGGAGGGGUCCGAGGGGGGUGCUUUUUGUCCAUCAGCCAAUGUUUAAGAAAACAGGCGUCAAAAGAAAGGAUGCAGAGUAGUGCUUCACUCCACGGACUGGUAUCCUACACUUAUCAAUUGUGGUAAUAGUUAGACAUUGUCAGUCCAAGUGCGAAAACACUAUGAGCAAGUUAUUUAAACGGAGUUUAGCCACUGUCAGUUUGCCGAACGCUUUAUGUAAACACCAUUUAUUGUCAACAGUGUCAUGAAAGCAUAUAGCGUAGACUAGACAAGCGUUUGUCCUCUUAAAAUAACCCGCCGAGGAAGAGGAGAUCUGGAGGUCCGAAGGUUUCCUAAACUUGCGGUCUAACUUAGAUUUCGUUUAAAUAACCAACCCUAUAAGUCUUGCUAGACUGGAGUACUGACAAUUUGACUAAUAAUAGACGACAGUUUAACUGUGACAAAAGACGGAUCGAAACGCACCAAUUACUGAUUUCGAGUCUUUAUAGCCAAUAACAUCACGGCUUAACUGACAGACGACCAAUAACAUCGCGACGUAAUGGACCAACCAGAUCGAUAACCAGAGUACAAUACCAUCAACUGACGUGAUACAACUCACUUUGACUCUGAAGAUGACUACCGCACAGGAUGUCGAAACGUCAGUCACUGUCAACAACGACAGUCCUAUUCAGGACUACGUUCAUCCGGACGAUCAAUCUCAACCUACCUUUUGAAAUGACUCCUGGGUUCAAACCUUUCACCACUGCAAAAAAUAUACAUCUACUAUCCUCCAACCUGCGAUCAGGCGUUUUUGUUUGCCCACGGAAGACAUAUUAAAUAGUGGAGCUCUCGAUGCGCGUAGCAGAACACCAUGAAUAAGGAAAUUUGGUUAUCUAUGCAUCCAAUUUUGUUUCUGACAAAAUCGUCCGUUUUUACAUACGUCGCUCCCUCAUGUUAGCGGUAUGUGAAAUGUCUUAAUGUAUAUUACAAAGCAUAUACAAAUUGUGUUUAACUUGAUAUUGGAAAUUCAUGUUAUGAUCAAUUGACAUCUGUCAAAAUAGGGCAUCCGGCGACAAGUGUCACAUGACUGCAAUGCGGUCUCGGGUGUACAGCUUAUUGAGUUGACGUGUUUUUUAAAGUUCUCCGCUGACCAGUUAUGGUAAUCAAGUGAUCACAGAAAGUCUUCAGAAAAACUUUAUUUUAGAAAGUUCUCACGAGUGCUUCGCUUUUGGCCUUGGCUAAAUCUAUGUAGUAAAAUCCAACUAGUGGUCUAUCAUCAAUGCUGCGUUCUGAUUGGUUGAGCUACUACUAGGCUAUAUGAGCGCGGGCUUUUUGAAGACAAAAAAGGAUUAAAGUCUAGCUUUAACUAGCUAAACGUUUUUUAUUCUCGAUAUUUUUGACCAACUAGUUGGAUUUUACUAAAACAAUUAUUCCUCUCGCCCUCAUGGCCUCUGAGUCAAUAGUCCAUUCGGGCUCGAGGAAUAAUUGUUAAAUAUUAAAGAUGUAGAAAGGGUAGGAUCGCAGGCUAACUAUCGUCGAUGUAGCAGGACAAAAUACGAAAAUAUUGCGAAUCAAGUUUUAUCGAACAUAAGACAUAAUCAAGACCUUGAUUCUUUUAGGAGGAAAAGUCGAUAAUAAUCCUGUACCAGUAGACGGCUUUGAUGUAUGGGAGACAAUUUCUGCAGGCAAGCCAUCUCCAAGAACUGAAAUACUCCUGAACAUCGACUUAGCACCAAAGAAGAAGCGUUACCGAGACGAUUAUGAGGGCGCAGCAAUUCGUGUUGCAGGAGGAAAAGUCGAUAAUAAUCCUGUACCAGUAGACGGCUUUGAUGUAUGGGAGACAAUUUCUACAGGCAAGCCGUCUCCAAGAACUGAAAUUCUCCUGAACAUCGACUUAGCACCGAAGGAGAAGCGUUACCGAGGGAUGGAGUCUAUUGACCCCUAUUAUCAGGGCGCGGCAAUUCGUGUUGCAGAUAUGAAGCUAUUGGUGAGCUGUCCGAAUUCCACUUGGUUCAAGCCACCAGAACUUUAUAACAAAGAAAUGGUUAGUAACUAAAGGUCUUUCAUGAAUAUUUUUGAUGAACAUAAUCUGGAUUCCCUACACGAAUCGAAUCCAUAACUUCCCAAACACUGGGUGACCGCUCUAUCCACUUAGUUUCGAAGAAAUUCAUGAAGCCCAAAGCCAAUUACUGGGUGGUUACUUUCGAGUUUUUACUGUGUCAUGCAUAACGAAAGGAUCAGCGAUGUCGAGGGCGCACCUAUUUUACGGUCAUAAACAGAGAGAAAGGAAAUAAACAGAGAAAAAAGAAAAACGUUAUUCUCGUUAAAAAGUAAGAGGCCUUCUAGGUGGUGGUGUGAAGUUUUCGUUGCCGUGCAAGGGGUGAAAAAAGUUGAUAUAUCUCCAACAAUUGAAACUCUGUUGUUUUGCCUUGAGUUAGGAGACAACGGAUGUUACUAAAACGAGGAACGGGGAACGGGGAACGGGGAACGGGGUACGGGGAACGGGGAACGAUCACGAGGAACGAAAUGAAACAUUGAAACAAAACCCUAGCCUUGAACCCUCCCCUAUCAAUAACUUCAUUUCAUAUUCUCUGCAUUGUUCCGAUUUUUCAAUUUCCCCUUCUCCGUGCUCGUUUAGGCCCCGCUCCCCGUUUUAGUAACAUCCGUCACGUACGGUGGCAACUAAUCCGUGUAUUUCCGUUUUUGUCAUUUGUUCUAAUGUUGACAAAGGACGGGUACCUUAUUACAUGAAAUUUUCGCGACACGUUAAUUUCACGAAUUUCGCGAUACAAAAAAUGGCGAAAUUAAAGUGACGCGAACAAUAAGUGUCGCGCACAUAACAUGACGCGAAAAUUAAGUGACUGGCAUCAUGUCCAUAAUUAAGAAAGAACAAGUUUAUUACCACUGAAACGUUUACAAGAUCUGAGGAAUUUUCAGUGUAAAUGGACGUUGUAGUCAAUUGACUCAAGAACGAUAAUUCACGUACAAGCAUGAACUGCUUGUGGACAUAGUGAGAACUGCUUUGUUACUGUUAAGGAUAUAAGAAAUAAAUCAUAAAUGAACUGCGGAAAUGAAAUGAAAAUGAAGAAGUGAUCUUCGCAGUGAACGCAAUUUAUGCAGUUGGGUAAAGAAGCCUGAAAAAAAAAUCAGGACUUCAACGGGGUUUCAACCCGUGACCUCGCGAUUACCAAUGCGAUGCUCUACCAAUUGAGCUAUGGAGCCACUGACGUUGGGAGCAGGUCAGGUGACUGUUGACACUAGUCUCGCUGUUGCAUUUUUCUUACUUUUGACGUUAUUGUUCCUUUGAUAAAGGAAUUAUAUUUAAUUCAAGGAGAUGUUAAAUAACAUUGCCUAUAAAAUGUAUAUUGUUGUACUCAAAAAUGCGAAAUUAAAGUGAUUCAAAAUAUAAAAUUUUCAGAAAAUCGCGAAACUUAAGUGUCGCGAAAUAUGCGCACAUCAAAAUUGCGAAGUAAACAUGUCGCCAAAAUUUAAUGUAAGUAGUUAUCUCUUUUUACCAUUUUCAGAAUUCUCAAGUGAAAGGUUUUAUUGAAGUUGCUCUUUACAAUAUCACAGCUGAUCCUACAGAACACAAUGAUUUGAGCCAAAAAUUGCCUGACGUCGUCCAAAAAUUGCAAGAGAGACUGGAGUUUUACAAACGUAGCGCCGUAACCCCUCUAAACAAGCCCGCAGACGGCCAGGCUUGGGAUGUUGCGCGGAAGGAUGGCAUUUGGACGCCUUGGAGAAGCACAGUGGACGAGAAAGCCCAAUAAACAUGAGAUUUACGUGGGAAUUUGUACGGCAUUUGAGGUGUUAAGUAUGGGAUUGUCUCAGGUUAACAAAUACCGUAAAAUUCCGAAAAUAAGCCUCUCCAUGUAUAAGCCCCUCCAAAUAUAAGCCCCCCAAACCGGUAACGCAAAACACCCUCCGUUAAAUGGCCCCUCCAAAUAUAAGUCCCCCGGGGGCUUGCUCUUGGAAAAUUACCCUCGAAUACAACGUAAAACAAAGCAAAAACGGUAAAUUUACUUCCAACUAUAAGGCUAGCCCAAUCGAGUUUGAAACGCAAAUUUCCCUCCGUAGAUAAGCCCCUGCGAAUAUAAGCCCCUCCA